AUGAAGUUCAUUCCUCCAUUGGGUUUUGCGCCAGUUGUAAGCACAGACGUUGAUUUGUACCGUUCUGGGUAUCCAAUGCCGCUAAAUUAUUCGUUUAUCAAGCACCAAUUGCACUUAAAGACGGUGAUAUAUGUGGGAGACAAGGAGAUAUUGCCAGAGUACGCGACCUUCUUGGAAACAGAGGGGAUACAGUUUCACCAUAUUCCAAUGACAUCUACAAAGGACGAAAACAUUCAGAAAGAGAUGGAAACCGUACUUAGACUGGUCCUAAAUGUAGAUAACUAUCCUAUUCUUAUACAUUCUAACAAAGGCAAGCACCGUGUUGGUGUAGUUGUGGGGAUCAUCCGGAAACUUUUGCUGGGAUGGUCAAUGACGGGAAUAUACCAAGAAUAUGAUCUUUUCACUGGAGGUCAAAAGGGAGACAUUGACUUGGAAUUUAUUACAAUGUUCAACACGUCGUUGACUGUGCCGUUGGAUCGGAUCCCGCGCUUUGUUAACUGCAAACCUUUGCCUGGAUCCCGAAAGCUAGAAUCUUAG